AUGUUCCUAGGGAAAGGAACACCCGAGCAGACCUCCUUGAAUGCUAGCAAGCACCAAGCUGGGCACGGGAAACAGGUCGUUGAUCCAAGGGAUGGCGACCGAACCAACGAUCAUCUUGUGCGCAAGCCAAGCUCCAAAAACCCCCUCAUGGAUAGCCCGAUCUUCCGAUACCUGGAGCAUGUGGAAACACCCCCGAAUGAGAAAGAAGAGCAAGCCACCAGAAGGGAAGCCCCCAAAUAUGUAAUCAUACAGGGACAGUUGUACAAACGAGGGAUCCACCAACCCCUGCUCAAAUGCCUACACCCCGACCAGACGGACUACGACCUAAGCGAAGUCCACGAGGGGUGUUGCAGUCAUCAUAUUAGAGGAAGGUCGCUGGCAAGGAAGAUCAUCAAGGCAGGAUAUUAUUGGCCCACAAUGAUGUCGGACGCCCAGGAGUUCGUCAGGAAAUGUAAGAAAUACCAAUAA